AUGGAGAACUUUUCCAAGGUAGAGAAAAUAGGGGAAGGAACAUACGGUGUAGUGUAUAAAGCAAGAGAUAGAAUCACAGGGAAGGAAAUAGCAUUAAAAAAGAUAAAACUCGAAAAUGAACCAGAAGGGGUACCUUCAACAGCAUUACGUGAAAUCUCUGUGCUACGUGACCUUAACCAUCCAUCAGUAGUGCGUCUUUUGGACGUCCUCCUUGCAGAUACCAAGCUUUUUCUCGUAUUUGAAUUCCUACACAUGGAUCUCAAACGUCUCAUGGAUCUAACAAAAGGACCCCUUGAUCUUGAUCUUGUUAAGAGCUACUUAAAGCAGCUGCUUGAAGGGCUAGCGUAUUGCCACGGGCGGCGCGUGUUGCACCGUGAUCUUAAGCCUCAGAACCUGCUGGUGGACGCGGCGGGCCGCAUCAAGCUUGCAGACUUCGGGCUGGCGCGAGCAUUCGGUAUCCCCGUGCGAGCAUAUACCCACGAAGUGGUAACGUUGUGGUACCGCGCGCCCGAGAUCCUACUGGGCGCUAAGUUUUACUCCACCGCAGUCGACGUGUGGAGCCUGGCCUGUAUCUACGCCGAAAUGGCGAGCGGGCGCACGCUGUUCCCGGGCGACAGCGAGAUCGACCAGCUGUUCCGCGUGUUCCGGGCGCUGGGCACGCCGGGCGAGGCGCUGUGGCCGGGCGCGCGCCGGCUGCCCGACUUCCGGGCCGCGUUCCCGCGCUGGCCGCCGCGCGCCGCCGGCCUGCUGCUGCCCGAGCCGCUGCGCGCCGCGCCGCACGCCGCCGCCCUCUUCGAGGCCAUGCUGCGCUACGAGCCCGCCGAGCGCGUGUCGGCGCGCGCCGCGCUGCUGCACCCCUACCUGGCGGACGCGCGCCGCACGCCGCCCGCGCUGCCCAAGGACCUCGACGCCCGCCUCUUU